AUGAUUUCUGUACGAAAGGCUCCUCUUGUUCCAUCUGGCACGGAUGCUCAAGCGGAUACGUGCUGCUUGGGAGUACGAGCUCUUACUGGUUACUGGUGCGCUGCAAUGGGAUAUACGGGCGUCGCAAUCUAUGAAAAGAACCCUGGGGAUCAGUCAAAGACUACCACUCCAAGCUUUUCUCCAACCUCGAGCCCUGCAAUAACUACCCCCAGCAUCAUAUCUGGGCCGAACCCUACUAGCUCCCCUUCAUCCCCAAUUUCUAACCCGACCGGAAGCCCGCCUGGAGGAACAGCGAAAACGGGUAUCAUAGUUGGGGGCGUGAUUGGCGGCAUCGCAAUCAUUGGUAUCGUUGCCGUAGUCAUUAUCAUUCUCCUCCGGCGCAACGGGAAAACACCGGAUGUCUCUGCUCAACAUAACCCCCCUGCCCCGAACAAUUUCCAACCGUCGCCAGGCAACAGCGGGGGCUAUGUAGUAGCUGCUACCCUUCAGGACAAAACCCCUAUGGGAUAUACAGCGCCGGAGGUUGCUACGCCGUUGAACCAAGCAUCAGAUCCGUUAGCAAGCACGUACUAUGGAGCAAGUACGGUGGUACAAAGCCCAGUGGAGCCAGGAGGUCCAGCACCGCAGUAUCAGCCUAGGAAUCCAGUGCCGGAGUACUCGCCUGGGAAUCCGGCGCCGUUUCCAGGGCAGGAACAGAGGCAUGUCCCCGCUGGAUGGGCGAAUGAAAUGUCUGCUGUGAGACAUUGA